AUUCUUUUUUUUUUUCUUUUUUUUCAUGUGGACUGGAAUUUUCGAUAUAUAAUAUAAGCCGAGAAAAAUGGAAUUCUGAAGGGAACAAGUACAGCUGUUGCAUUCAAGUUCUUUGGCUGGUAUCUUACAUAUCCAAUGCAAAGAACUCGACAUAUUCUCCUGCCCUGUACAUCUUAAAACAACAAUAUCCGAUUUAGAUUAUGAGUAACUGUUUCUGCCAGAAUGCAAUCACUUGACAGACGUUGCUGGAUCUAUUGCUUCUCAUUCUCGUGGAAUUUUUUUCCUUUAAUCGUAUAUGGGUGUUGAACCUUUAGAAGAUAUGCUGUUUGCUGAAUUUUUUUGAGUAGGCGAAUUUAUUGAAUUUUAGGACUUACAGUGAACAUUGAAAGCUUGGAUCGCUGAUAUUUUCGUUACAGGGUAUAUGAUAUUCCUAGCAUUCCAUGGACUUAGAGGGUGCUUCUGAGGGUUAAUUAUGAAAUGCAAUGCUUGCUGGAGGGAACUUGAAGGGCGAGCUGUCACCACAACUUGUGGUCACUUAUUGUGCACAGAAGAUGCAAGCAAGAUCCUUAGCAACGAUGGAGCAUGCCCCAUCUGUGAUCAAGUUCUUUCUAAAAGCCUCAUGAAACCUGUGGACAUCAAUCCAAAUGACGAAUGGGCAAAUAUGGCCAUGGCUGGCAUAUCACCCCAGAUAUUGAUGAAAAGUGCAUAUAGAAGCGUAAUGUUCUAUAAUGGACAAAAGGAAUUGGAGAUGCAGUACAAGAUGAACAGACUCAUGGCGCAAUGCCGACAGAAAUGCGAGGUAAUGCAAGAAAAGUUUACUGAGAAACUAGAGCAGGUACAUUCUGCAUACCAAAAGAUGGCCAAGAGAUGCCAGAUGAUGGAACGAGAAAUGGAGAAUUUAUCCAAAGACAAACAAGAGCUACAGGAGAAGUUUGCCGAAAAAUCCAGGCAGAAGAGGAAACUAGAUGAAAUGUAUGAUCAAUUGAGGAAUGAGCAUGAAUCACUAAAACGUUCAGCGAUCCAGCCCGUGACUAAUUUUUAUACAAGAAAUGAGUCUGAUUUGUUCUCAAACCCCGUUAAUUUGAUGGAUAACAGAGAAGCUACGAGGAAAGACUGGAUGGUUUCUGCUCCUGAAACUCCAGGACCAAGAGAAGAAAUAUGGCCGACAAGACAGAAUAGUGGGAACUCUGGUCACUUCGACAUCUCCGUUGGGUCACCGGCAAAACAAGCUGCUCCAAUGGCAAUGGAAGCUGGGAACAGAAGAGCUGGAGCUCACACUGCAUUUGGAAGUGGAGCUGGAAAUCCCUCCAUGACUCUCCGAAACUUGAUUCUGUCCCCAAUCAAACGACCUCAGCUCUCUCGUCGUCCUCAAAUGUUCACAUUGUGAGAUGGAAGUUAAGUAGUUGAAAUUUGGUGGGCAAAAGCGCACAGAUCAAUUGGCUUCCUCGACGGUUCUCUCUUCUUUCGUUUGGCAGUUUUGAAGCUAUUGAAGGAUUACAGAAGAAAAUAGGAUGCACCUUUUAUCCUCUCUUGCUGUUUUUAAUCAUUCGGUUCAUGAACCAACGGAAUAUUACACUGAUUAACUCCCAACACCUACACAUUUUUUAUUUCUUGCGUGAGCUUUGAUCUUCACUACAUGAAAGAAAAAAGAAAACCCCCCAACAGACACAAAUGUAGAAAUCAUUAUCAACUAAUUCGAUGCAACAUUAUGCAAACAGCGUUCUUCUGAAGAAGGGUUGCCCUCAUUUCCUUUCC